AUGCUCUAUAACAUUGGAAAGCCACCUUACCCCGUCAUCGUACCCAUCCUGGAGCAGAUGUGUGGUCUUCAUUUCAGCCAGAGUGUCAUGAUGGUCGGACAAGCUGCUUGUGGAACAACUGUUUCUUCAGCCUGCACCCUUACUUCACGAGUUGUGUUUGGUUCAUGCCCAUGUCCCGGAACGGCUGCUAAACAGCCAUGUCCCGCAGCUUCUGUCCCUGCGCAUACAGAGUUCGCGCAUUCGCUGGGAUAUGGCCUUCACUCACUCAACGAUACGAAAUCUCAAACAUCUCAUACUGGAGAGCUGUCACGGUCGCGAUGGUCAACCUUUCCGAUGACGCUCCGAAAGCUCAUUGGGUCACUGACGCGAAUGCCUUUCCUCGAGGAACUCCGGCUGCCCAAUACUCGUUAUGUCUCAGAUGGUAACGAUGCAUCCUGCCGCGUCGUGACGCCGGAUCAUCUCAAGAUCCUAGAAUUAAAGGCAGGCGCCGAGGACACCUCUGCGUUGCUAUACCACCUUCGGGUUCCCCGUCGUACCGUGUUGGACAUUCAUGUUAUGGGUUCCUAUCCUCACACCCCUAUCCACGUCGAGUUACUUACGCGCCUCGAAACUCUCGUCACGGGUGCGUGGCAGGGAGCUCCAAUCCGCAGACUGGAUCACCACCGCACUUCUUUUGAUCGCACCGAAGUCGCUGCCUACGAUCAAGCAGGAACACCCGUCGUUCGUAUAGACUGCACCGUUCGGCCCGUGCAGGAUGUCCUUCGAGGGCUAUGGCUAGCCCAUGUUCAGGAACUAAACAUUGUGGGUGAAGGUCAUCGGAACCACCGAGGUCUUAGUGCUCGCUAUCUUGUUGAGGCCUGCGGCGCAGUGGAGAUUCUCAAUCUCCAGUCGGCAGACGCCUGCGCUGCAUUCCUGCCGUUCCUUGAUCCUCAGCCAGCGACUUCAACUGCGACCGCGAGCGAGGCACGGAUCCUUGCACCUGCGAACUGCGUUUUGCUUGGGUCGACCUCAAGCACCCACGAACGAGUCUCUGCGACAUCUUGGUCGCACGUUAUGAAGCAACGCAGCGCAUGCUAA